AUGACCCCGAACCCGUUGUGUUUCCGAACAGAGACGUCGCUAUGCGCCGCGGCGAAGGCUCUGCUGCGGUAUCGUCUCACGGGAGCGCCGGUCGUGGAGCCUCUAGAGGGGGAUGCGGUGGGAAUGGGUCGGCUCGUUGGCGUGCUGUCGCAACGAGAUCUUCUCUGGAAGCAGCGGAAGCCUUUUCCUUCUGAAGAGGACAAGAUUCACCGCCUUUCGUGCUACUACGGCAACCUGAACCACGGUCCCAUGGUGGACACGCUGAGACAUCAGAUCACGAAAAUUAUGAGCGAGAAGGUCGGCGAGUCAAUGACCGACACUCCCGUCUACGUUGAAGCGGACGCGCUGGUCUCAGACGCUGCAGAGCUGAUGCUCAAUCAUAAUAUUGCUCGUCUGCCAGUUGUCGCUCCAGUUGGCGACGAGGACGGACGUAUGACUGUGGUGGGAAUAAUCACUGAGAGCGACGUUCUCAGGCAUACACACAGGAUGCUGUAA